AUGGAUCAACUUCAGUCUGCCAAGUCCGCCUUGCAACAGACACUAGCCGAGAUCGAAGCAGCCAUUGCGUCUCUGUCAACUGCGCCUGCGGAUGAUCGCAUGCUUCAAAAAAGGAGCGAACAUCUAGCAAGCUCGGAGUCUUCUGACGAAAUUAGUGACGAUCAAUCACAGCCACGGCCGUCCAAGGCAUCAGUACAAGAUGAUGGGGGAAAAGAUUGGACCGAAUAUGGACUCGACGCAAGAUUUCAACAGGAUAAAUGGGUUCGCCCUAAGCCACCGGGCAGAUCUUGCUUUUCUAGUGAGCUUAUCCAAUGGGCCGCAGUGGCGGAACUAGACGAUGAGGGAGUAGAAUACCCAAUACUCACCCUUCGACACCACAAUGCUUCCAAAUGUAUUGCCGGCGAACCCUGCGGAACUGGCCACUGGGAGCUCAUCCAUGAUCGUGUUGCUACGGAAGUUGAGGGAUGCCUAGAUCUGCAGCUGCUAUGCAUGCGUACCGAGCAUGUUGAAAGGCAAAUGACUAGCUGUCCUUCUGAAAACUUCUAUGACUAUAAGGAUUCAAUCACUAAUCUGCCGUGUAAACUAUUCAACGAGCUCUUACCAGACUUCAGCAGUGUCACAAGAGCAGGCUACGAAGUCAUAAUCUUUCGACUUGUUGAACGCUUCAAAGAUGAGGACAUCAAGCCUUGGGUAGGUGAGGGAGUGUGGUUGGACAGCCAUGGACGCGUGCUUCGAGAUAUGGAUGACCCUGAUUGGGCCUGA